UUCUCUCUUUCCAUAUUUUCCACUCUCCGUCUGCUACGUCUGUGCUGUUCAUUGGCGUCAAUCUACACAUCUGAGCAAAGCAACAUAAAAGAGGCUUGUUUUUUCCCCUUUGAUCCUUCUCUAUUUCGUCUCCAAAAUCUCACUCUAUCGCUACCCUAGUUUGGGACGACAGAACAGAGAGAGAAGAGAGGUGGAGAAAGAAAGGUGUGUUGUCUUUCUGAUCUGAAAAAAGAUUUGAACUUGAACGGAUCCAGGAAUUCCUCCACUCUAUCACUUCUUGUUGUUGCUUAAUAAUGGCUUCACCUGGUAAUCCAAAUCAACAACAACAAGGAGGUGGGGGAAUAAUAGGGGGAGGAGGAGGUUUUGAUCUGAAUAAACUGUUCAAGCCCUCUUCUUCAAAUCCUAUGAAUAUGAUGCAGCCCCAUAUCCAACAGCAGCAGCAGCAAGGUCCUUCUCCAUCUCCCAGUAGUAACACUACCACAAGUGGCAAUCUCACUACCUCUCCUUCCUUCCCUCUCCCUUCCUCUCCUCCACCUUAUCUAACUCCAUCUUCUUCUUAUCCACCUCCUACUGGUCCUUACCACCCUUUUCACCACCCUCACUAUCUCUCCCCUUACCCACCUCCACCUCCUCCUCAGCAACUUCACAAUCAGUUCCUCACAAAUACUAAUAUCCAUCUCCAAAAUAGACCACAACCCAUCUCUUCCUUUGCACCCUCUCCUCCUCCACUCUCACCUAAUAAUUCAGGUGGUGCUGUUUUGAUGGACAUCUUGACCAAUCAAAACCAACAGCAGCCUCCGCUAUCCACUAAUCUUAGUGGACCUUUCCCUUCUUCCACUCCCUCAACUGCAUUCAUCACCACCAGUCCUCCUGUCCCAUCUGCUCCUCCUGUUAGUUUAGCAUCUCCAACGCAGCAAUGUUGUGCUCCCCCUGCGAGGAUGCUCAGUACCAAGCUCCCUAAGGGUCGACACCUGAAUGGCAACCAUGUCGUGUAUGAUAUUGAUGUGAGAUUGCAAGGUGAGGUGCAACCUCAACUUGAAGUCACACCCAUCACCAAAUAUUUAUCCGAUCCUGGCCUUGUUCUCGGCCGUCAGAUUGCUGUUAAUAGAAAUUACAUUUGCUAUGGACUCAAGCCUGGUGCUAUUCGUAUCCUCAAUAUUAAUACUGCUUUGAGAUCAUUGCUUCGUGGACAUAACCAGAAAGUAACAGACAUGGCUUUCUUUGCUGAGGAUGUUCACCUUUUGGCCAGUGCAUGUGUUGAUGGGCGUGUUUUCAUAAGGAAGAUCAAUGAGGGCUCAGAUGAGGAAGAAAAACCUCAAAUUUUUGAAAGGAUACUCCUUGCCCUUCACAUAAUAGCAGAUGGAGAAUCAUUCCAUCCACGAGUGUGCUGGCAUCCACACAAGCAAGAAAUUUUGAUUGUUGCAAUUGGAAAUCUCAUCUUGAAAAUUGAUACCAUUAAGAUUGGAAAAGGUGGAGCAUUUUCAGUGGAGCAACCUCUUACUUGUCCCAUUGAGAAGUUGAUUGAUGGGGUCCAGCUUGUUGGUAAACAUGAUGGGGAAGUCACUGAGUUGUCCAUGUGUCAAUGGAUGACCACCCGUUUAGCUUCAGCUUCAACAGAUGGCGUGGUCAAGAUUUGGGAAGACCGUAAGGCAGUACCCCUUGCAGUAUUCAGACCACAUGAUGGCAAUCCUGUAAAUUCUGUGGCAUUCCUGACCGCCCCUGACCGCCCUGAUCAUAUUGUUCUUAUCACUGGGGGCCCCCUCAAUCAGGAAGUGAAGAUAUGGGCCUCCGCUAGUGAAGAGGGCUGGUUAUUACCUAGUGAUGCUGAAUCAUGGCUGUGCACUCAGACCUUGACCUUAAAGAGUUCAGCUGAAUCUAGUGCUGAGGAUGCAUUUUUUAAUCAAGUUGUAGCCCUACCCCGAGCCAGCCUGUUUCUUCUUGCAAAUGCCAAGAAGAAUGCCAUAUAUGCUGUACACUUGGAAUAUGGGCCUUAUCCUGCUGCAACCCGCAUGGAUUACAUAGCUGAGUUUACAGUUACAAUGCCUAUUUUGAGUCUUACUGGAACCAGUGAUUGUUUACCAAAUGGAGAAAAUAUUGUUCAGGUUUACUGUGUCCAAACACAGGCUAUUCAGCAAUAUGCAUUGAACUUGUCACAAUGCCUUCCACCACCUCUGGAGAACAUGGUUUUGGAGAAAACAGAAUCUAAUGUUUCUCGUGCUUUUGAUACUGCUAAUUCUGAUGGUUCUGCUAUUAUGGAAUCAUCUCAUGGAAGUAAACCCAUUGAGAUAUCCACAGGUAACAUGACUUCCAUACCACCAAUGACUCCUAGCAGUUCUGAAAGUGCUCCUGUAGCAAGCCAUCCAGAAAGCUUGGGUUCUUCUGAUGUUGGUAGCUCGCUAGAUAUUGCUUCUUCCAGUGGGCAAACCAAGGCUAUUACUGUUUCAUCACGCAAUAAUACUGACAAUACUAACACUGUGUCACCCCAUCUACUGUUAAGUCCAAAGUUGUCCCGGUCGUUGUCAGGUCUCCAGAGUCCAGCAAAUAUCACAGAUCCCAAUGUGCAACUCAGUGGUCAUGCUGGUGACCAGCCUGUUCCAGAUCAUUCAGUUGACCGAAGAAUUGAAACUGUGAAAGAAAAUAUUAAUGAUACCUCCACUGGUGAUAAUUUGAAUAAAGGUGAGAAGAACAUCGAACAAACUGGUAUUGCAAUGGUCUCUGAACCUCCAGUAAUGUUUAAACACCCAACCCAUCUUAUAACUCCAUCGGAGAUAUUAUCUAGGGGUGCUGCUUCUGAGAAUUCUCAAACUGCUCAGGGUCUGAAUGUUGGAGAGGCAAAGAUUCAGGAUGUGCUUGUGAACAAUGAUACUGAAAAUGUUGAAGUAGAGGUUAAAGUUGUUGAAGAAACACCUGGCAGUGGAACAGUCCCAAUAUCUAGUUCCAAAGAAAAACCUGCUAGGCUUACUAUAUCAAAGAGUACCUCUACUAGAUUGAAGAAGAAGAGAGAAGAAUUUCUUCUGAAAGCAGAUCUUGCUGGGACUACUUAUCUUCAUGGGGCAUAUAAAGGCCCUGAGGAAAAGAAAGAAAAUAUCAUAUCUUCUGAAGCCACAGAAAGCACCAGCCCUAUCCUGAAACAGACAUCUGCUGAUGCCUUGCAGGUUGACUCUGUAGCAAGUGAGAAAAAUAAAGGCGAGCCAGAUGAUUGGGAAGAUGCUGCUGACAUGUCUCCACCAAAACUGGAUGGUGAUGGGGAACUAUCACGGGGAGAGUCAGGAACCAAUCAAAAUAAUGACUUUGACUUGCCCAGAGAAUCUCAUACACCUGUUGCUGAGAAGAAGGAAAAACCCUUCUACUCUCAGGCCUCGGAUCUUGGCAUUCAGAUGGCUAGAGAUUGUCAUGUGGAAGCUUAUAGUGUUGGGGCAAUCAGACAAGCUAAUGAAGGUAGCAUUACUGAGUUACUUGAUAGAAAUCCUAGUGGUGUAGAUGAGGAGCAACAUGUAACUGAAGAUGUUCCUGCAAAAAGUGGUGAAGCAGAAAUAUCUGUGGCUGUCCCGCAGUCCCCAGCCCCAGCAACUAAAGGGAAAAAACAGAAGGGGAAAAGUUCUCAAGUAUCUGUUCCAUCUUCCCCUUCCCCUUCCCCGAGUCCAUUCAACUCAACUGGUUCAUCCAAUGAACCAGGUUGCACUUCUGGUGCCCAAUCUAGUGAUGCUGCUUUACCUCAGAUAAUGGCCUUGCAGGAUACUCUUGAUCAGUUGCUGAACAUGCAGAAAGAAAUGCAGAAGCAGAUGAAUACAAUGAUUUCUGUCCCAGUUUCCAAAGAAGGUAAAAGACUAGAGGCAUCCUUGGGCCGGAGCAUCGAGAAAAUUAUCAGGGCUAACACAGAUUCUUUAUGGGCUCGUUUUCAAGAAGAAAACACAAAACAUGAGAAGUUGGAGAAGGACCGUAUACAGCAGUUAACUAAUUUGAUCACGAAUUGUAUAAACAAGGAUUUGCCAACAGCUUUGGAGAAAACUUUAAAGAAGGAAAUAGCUGCAAUUGGACCUGCUGUUGCUCGUGCUAUCACUCCCAUUUUGGAGAAAAGCAUAUCAUCAGCUAUUACAGAGUCAUUCCAGAAAGGGGUGGGAGAGAAGGCGGUGAAUCAGUUAGAGAAGACGGUUAGUUCAAAACUUGAAGCUACAGUGGCCAGACAAAUCCAAUCACAGUUUCAAACAUCUGGCAAGCAAGCUCUUCAGGAUGCAUUAAGGUCUACACUGGAAGCUUCAAUUAUUCCUGCAUUUGAGAUGUCCUGCAAGGCCAUGUUUGAUCAAGUCGAUGCCACAUUCCAGAAUGGGCUUAAUAAGCAUAUAAAUGACAUUCAGCAACAGUUUAAUUCCAUGCAUUCUCCUGUGGCCAUUGCCCUGAGGGAUGCUAUCAAUUCAGCAUCAUCACUCACCCAGACCUUAAGUGGAGAGCUGGCAGAUGGUCAACGGCAGCUCUUAGCUUUGGCGGCUGCAGGUGCAAACUCAAAAGUGGGAGAUCCAUCAACGAAGUUGGGCAAUGGACCAUUGCCUGGUAUGCAUGAGAUGCCUGAGGUGCCUUUGGAUCCAACAAAAGAAUUGUCAAGGUUGAUAGCUGAGCAGAAAUAUGAGGAAGCGUUCACCUUAGCUCUGCACAGAAGUGAUGUCUCAAUAGUUUCCUGGUUAUGUUCUCAGGUUGAUCUACAGGGUAUAUUGUCAAUUUCACCACUACCUUUAAGCCAAGGAGUUCUGCUGGCCCUUCUACAGCAACUGGCAUGUGAUUUUAGUAAUGAAACCUCUAGAAAGUUGGCAUGGAUGACAGAUGUGGCUGCUGCCAUAAACCCUACAGAUCCAAUGAUUGCGAUGCAUGUAGGACCAAUUUUUGAUCAAGUCUAUCAGAUAGUGGUCCAUCAAAGGAGUCUGCCCAGCACAUCUGCUUCAGAAGCCUCAGGCAUACGUGUUCUUCUGGUUGUCAUAAAUUCUGUGCUAAGGAGCUGUAAAUGAUUUCUUUUCCCUUUCGUUCCUACCAUUUUGUGCAAAUAUGUAACAUAGUACUUUUUAUUUUUGAGUUGUAUAGGGAUCUAGGAAAGUUUCGGGGAAUCAGAAUUGUUUGAAUUAGUCGAGUGUUUUAUAAAUGUGUGAUUCUUACAUAAUCCGUUGUUGGCUAGUUUCAAAGGGUGAAGUCAAUAUAACUUUGAUCGACCUUUUUCAGUU